AAAACUGAAAGCGUAUGGCUUGCACGAAUCCAGCUGCGCCCUUAUCGGUGACUACUUGACGGAUAGAAGGCAGCGAGUGAAAAUUGGUGAUACUUAUUCGGAUUGGAUGAGUGUGAAGCGGGGCGUGCCUCAAGGCAGCGUCCUGGGGCCCAUGUUUUUCAACAUGUUCCUCAACGACCUCAUCUUUCACAUUAAGUCUGUAAAAUUAAACACUUACUGCCGAUGACUGCCAACUGCACUCAUCUGAUGUAGACCCAGUGGCCUUGGAACGGCGGAUCAAUCAUGAUGUACAAAUAGCAAAUAAAUGGUUCGAAGACAAUGGGAUGAAAGCAAACCCUGCUAAACAUCAAGGGAUGGUUCUUGGCAAAACCGAUUACCCUUUCUCCUUUUUAACCACAAGAUGCCUGGAUCCUUUUGGAAUAUCUCUAGACAAUGAACUUAAUUUCAAGGAUCACAUAUCCUCUGUAUGCAAAAAAAUAAAUAAUCAGUUCAGUGUCUUCAAAAGAUUUGGCAAACUUAUCUCAUCCGAAAUUAUGCUUCGCCUUUAUAAAGCGUUUAUCAUACCCCAUUUUCACUACUGUUCAAUGAUAUGGCACUUUUGUAAUUCAGAAGAUUCUGUCAAACUGGACACCUUAAAUAGACGUAUUUUAAGAUUUGCUUUAAAGGACUGGGACUCGAACUAUGAUGCUCUUCUAGACAAGGCUGGUGUGUGUGGUUUAGCCAACAGGAGGAUACAAGAUAUGAUGAUUUGUAUAUUCAAAUGUCUCCAUUUUGGUAAAUAUCCGUGCUAUUUAAAACAACUGAUCAAGUUAAGAUCUACUGCUUACUCCCUACGGGGUACUAAUAUUUUAUCACUUCCUAAGCCGUCUACAACCACAUAUGGUCUAAAUUCCUUUAGCUAUUCAUCUGUUAAGUACUGGAAUUCUCUACCUGAUCACUUUAGAAAGACUGUAGAUUAUAGUGAAUUUAAGCGCAAAUUGUUAGUGCACAGUUUUAGUUAAUACUACAUUAAUUAAUAUUAUAUUAUAUAUGUUGUAACUUUUAAAAUUAGUUAGGAUCGGAGAUACUAGCUAUGUAAGCUACACUAAAAUCCGAGGAUAAAUAAAGUUUAUGUAUGUAUGUAUGUAUGUAUGUAUGUACCCGGGGGGGAUGGUAGCAGGUCAAAUUGAACCAUGCGGAAAACGCAAAACUGGAAUCGUACAGCUGAUCAUAGUUUUGAGUUUCUUUUUAUGCAGAUUAUGACCUGAAAGACUGAGCAAAAUUUGUUUCCUUGUUUUCCCAAUUCAGACCACGUGAUGGUCUUUUGAUAGAGGUUGAUUGAUACCGGACAUGGGUGCUUUGCAUAUUACGCAAUAAUACACGUCAACGUUUUUCAUUACUUUGCAACCCAAGCUCUUGAGUCCUUCAGUUCACUGAGAUUUCACUGCAAGGUAUAUUCUUCUAGCUGCAGUAUUUUGCAAGGUAAGUCAGUAAAAGGUUAGCCAUAGAGAUCCGGUCAGAGCCCAGGACUGUGAAUACGUGCGUCGUGAAUACUACAAUCCUCCCGUUACCCGCAUCAAUAUCGAUAAAUCCGCUUUCGCAUUCCACAAUCGUCAUUUUGAAAUGCUCUUCCUCAACGCCCUGGGCCUCAACGAGCCGAUGGACACAAUGCUUGGAAAGCCGGUUGCUUUAGUUCUAAACACUGUCCAAAGUCACAAUUACACAAAAUUCCAAAUGCCCAAAUGUUUUUGAAAUCCCCGUAAAAUACUAAAAAAAAUAGUACUUAAUUGUUUAUGACUAGAAGUACUGGCAAACUGGUUCCACUUGAAUGGUCGCAUUGUAGGAUAUCUGGCAGAUCGACACUCUUACACGAUAUAUCGUUUAAUUUUGAAGCGUCUGAAGGUUUUCUGAAUAUCAUUGUACACCUCUCUGUCGGUCGCGGCCCAUGUGUUACCUGAUUGAAAAAACGCUGUGGCUUAAAACGUUUUAAUAACCAUGAACGAUGAACGAUUUAUGGGUAUAUGUUUAAUUAGCAAGGCAAAGUAAAACGUUUUUAAUCAGUUUGAAUGCAGACACAAAUCCCCAGGAGUAUUUUAUCCUUUGUCAUCUUAUGAUUUUCAAGUGUAAGUUGGUGAUGUGGCUAUGCUCUGAUCAAUAACUAGAGAAACUAAAGAAACUAAAGAAACAUGUGCCCAAAGGUGAAAUUGUCGGCUUAGUUCUCACCACAAUGCUGAAACUGGAAACUGUUGAACCUUGUUGGAAUACAUCGGCUCAAGAAACUGACUUGAUCACGGAAGCUUUUGCAGAAAGAACUUUUUGCUGUUAAUCUUGUGAACUUUAAAGACGAGUGUGAGCCUGAUUUUAGCUUACUGAAUACUUAAAACUGUAAGUGGAGUCAUAAAAGUGACGUGAUCGUAGUGACCACUUUUAUACGGACACCUAUUGUAGUACCCUCUCUAAUACGGACACGUCGCUCCCCCCACAGUCCCUUCGUUGUCCGUAUUAGAAAGGUUCAACUGUACUUUGUCCUUACCUUUUAAGAUUUGUACAGGGGAGACCAGUUUUUCUAACUAAGAAAUAAUAAUUUUAAUAAUUUUUUUUACUCUAAUGAACAAUUUUAUUCAAUUUUAAAAAUAUGUACAUAAUUUACAGAAAUAUAGUAGAAGACUGUCAGGCCACAACAAGAUAACAUUUGCCAUAAAUAUCUUCCCAUGUCACAUCUAAGUUAAUGAGGUCGUCAGUCACGUGACCGUGAUUUCCGAAUUAGGUUUUUUUGUUGCUGUGACAAGAUUUCAUUAACGAGUUUUAAAAAAAAAAACAUAUUUGAGGGUUUAGUUGCGUGGGGCAUUUAAAAAUAAUCAGUUGACGUCCCCGAAAAAGUUGGGAGACUACUAUGCCGAGGGCUGUAGAGAGUCAACCUUUUAUCACACAGCACAGAAAAUAAUUUUCAGCAGAAUUUCACUCACUUUUCCAACUAUAAACUGGAAUUUACUUUGACAAUAUCUUAGUUAAACUUAGUUCCUGUCUAACUAACGAUUUUUGUAAAAUUCUCCACUUGUAGCUGAUUUCAGCUCAAUUUCAGUUUCUUUUGUUGGCCAAACUUUAAUCACCUGCAAACAUAUAUUUUCUCGCAUAUGAAUACUAUCCUUCUCACCUAAAAACCAAUUGAGUUAAUUGCUUAGAAAUGAUAGAAAAUCGAUCGUUAUAAGUUAGUUUUAGAUAGUUUCAGGCAGAUGAUAGAAGAAGGCAUAUCUGUUGCAAACUUGUCACGUAGGAUCUCGACUGAUUUAGACUUGAUUUUUUCGCUCCAUAACUUGUACUCUCCGCAACUAUUAUUCUUGCCAGUAUCAGUUCUUCUCAGAACCAGGGAUGCUUACCCUAUUGUAUAAAUUUAUCAAUGGUCUAGCUAAGGCUUUUUCUUAUCGGAAAAAGGGCUUGAGUGUUGAUAAAUCCUACAUAUCUUUGACUAUAUUUUAGCUAGCUAGAAAGACAUAGGACGUUAUUCUGUUGGACUCUUUGGAGCGGACGUGAUAUCGCUUGAUAUGAUAUCGGGUUUCUCGAUGGGUGUGGUACAAAGUGCGGCAGAGUGUCUACUACAUGAAAAAAAAAGUCACUGAAAUUUCAUCUUGCUUGGGUGUUAUGUCGUAUACAUUAUUUUUGUAUAUAACAAGCAUUUCUUUCCCUUCAAUGUUGAGUGUUUGAAAUAUAUAUUUUUUCUCAUAGACCUCAUGCAUCUGCACGCGGCGCGACGAGCGGGAACGGGCCCGUUGCAUAUAGGUCGCAUAAUCCGCCCUUUUGGCAUAUCACGCGAAAAAAUAGUGUCAGAUCACAAAAUGUCUCCAGUUGCAGAAAAGUUCGAAUUCUUUGCGACGCCACCAAACUCUUUAAUUAUUUCAGUGUGGGAUUUCACUGCGAGAUAUUCUGGAUCAUAUUUUGAGUUAAGAGGAACCUAGACUCGUGCUUGACUGAAGACAGCGUGGAUUUAGUCCAAAGCUUAAGGUAUGCCCAUGAGCCGCUCUCAACAGAGGGUCUUAGAUACGCAGGUUGGUUCGAAAAAUGGGGAGUUCGAAAAAUCAAAGGUGGCAGCGGAUCACUGACCUUUUUUACCAUGGCGUUGUCUUAUAGAACCAAGAAGCCCUUAGACAACAACAAUGAUAUAGCACUCUUGUAUGUCAUGUCACUGUAUUUACAGUAUAACCCCACUUAAUAUGCGGACUCUUCGUUAAUACGGACAACGGACACUAGUUUCUUGCACAAUCAGCAGGUUCUCAUUAAAAAAUCGGGAUUCCGCUGCAUACAAUUUACGUCCACCAGUGCGAGCGACCUGUUCAGAAAUUUGAAAAGCGCCCGGUCGUGCAGGUUUUUCAGUGGGCUCUCCGUCCGUAAGCGACCGCGCGCCGGAGUGGUGGCUUAACAUCUAACUAAAGGAUUGUAAAUCUCAUGUAUUAACCUUAAGACGCAAUCCACCAGAAUUGAGCAAUUUAAUUCUCAGUGGACAAAAACAUUGUACUUGAAUAAUGUAAAGAAUAUUGCAGUCUUUUUUACUGACGGGUUGAAGAUGUAAUUAGUUAUCUGUAAUAACACCAAACAAAAUUUCUUACGGGAGUCAAAUGAAAGUCAAGUUUCACAAGAACCGUGAAAACACAGGUAAAUUCUGAAAAUUUCAUGCGUAAGAUGUAAUUUUGUGAAAUUUGACAUUCCUUUUCUCGGGCUCCAAUGAGAAAUUUUCUUUGGUGUUAUUACAUAUGACUAAUUACAACUUAAGUCCUUCAAAAAUGUGAAAAAGAAUGCAAUAUACUUUAAAUAAUUCUGAUAUAAGGUUUUUGCCAUCUCAAAAUUAAAAUUACUGAAUUCCCUGGUGGAUUCGGUCUUAAAACGAUACUUGUUGGGGAAGUACCCACUACUAUGUAUAGCCAAAACAAAUCAGACAUCAAGAGCACAAGAUAGCGUCCGUAUUAUCCCGAUACGGUGUCCGUAUUACGCGGGCUCUUAGGGAAAAAAAAACGUUACAGACAUAUGUUUUACCGAUAUAAAGACUAAGAAAACGUUUUUAACGAAAAAGAGUUGCUUAAUUUCUUAACUAUAGCUUAAACAAGUUCAUCCAAAGAAAUCUCACGAUCAUAUGUCAAGAGGGUCUCACACUAAAUUUACCUUUUAAGUAUUGUUCCUAAAACACGAGAAUGGAAUCCGGGACUUUACUUUGUACGCGACUCAGCCAAGUGGACUGAAUGUUAGACAGCACUUUUCAAAGGUCACUCGCUGUUUCCGUUAGAUUUUCAUCGAGAAGAUAUUGAGUUAUAAACGGUUCGCAGAAAGGAAUUGUCUGUACAGCAGGGUUGAUGAUGCAUGAGAUUUUGUGACUCGGGACAUAGAAAAGUGUCCGUUGUUGUAAACGUUUCGCAUAUAUCAGGGGCGGAUCCAGGAUUUUUUUUUAGGAGGGGGUGCACUCGUCUCUCGCUCUACUUCAACACCAAUAAACCACAUUUUUUUUUUUGGCAGAAUACAAGUUGUAUUAGAAAACCGCAGGUCAUCUCAGGGGGGGGUGCGCACCCCCUGCACCCUCCCCCUAGAUCCGCCCCUGUAUAUGAUGGUUACACCACAUACUUAUAUUAUCUAAAAGUCGCUGAAAAAGGCGCCAAAAGUCGUUACAGAAGUCGCUAAAAAAAGUAGCUAGAAAAGUCGUUAAUAGCAGAAAAGUAUCGGGUUUUCUGCAUGUCACCUCAGAGCCACUGUAGAAAUAUUAUUACCAAUGCAAACUAAAAUGUUUGAAAAAGCCCCCAGUUUCUCAGAUCUAGCAACAAGAGUACUAACAAGAGUACUAGCUCAAUGGAAUAUUGAAAAAUGCGAAAAUUAAAUACUUAAGGACUGGCAGUGACCGCUUGCUUAAAUUUGCUUCUCAUUCUUUUUUUUUUUGGAGUUGUUAUAACUGGUCUGUUAUAUAGCUUCCUGUUUGGCCUUUUUUAAUUUUAGUUACUGGUUACUGUAAAAUAUGUAACUGUUGUGCGUGUGAAAGCACAACAAAGAUUUAUAUAUACAAAAAAAUGAUUGACCCCAGGUGUCCAUAGACCGGGGUUCCACUGUAUUAAUUUUUCGAAACCUCUUAAAAGGAAUGGCUCGAGCCAGUUUAUUUUAUCUGCAUGUAAAUGAUACCAAGUGCCCCAGAGCUCUGAUCAGGGUUAAACACUGUGAAACGUAUUUCAUUUGUUACCUAUUUCUACCGCUGCACUUGUCGUGCAUUGUUUAUUUACCCGCUACAGUCAAUCUUUCUCCCACCAUAACGCACCUUGAACUUUAAGGUUGUCCUCUUUCUCAACGGACAUUUUAGGGUAUGAUCAGGUAUGGUAUGUUAUGGUAAAUGACAUCAAAGAGUGUAUACUUUCAGCUAAUACGAAUUGUACUUCUCUGUACAUUUUUGGUCCUGAACAACAAAUGUAUCACGGUACCCAAAGCAGAAUAUUAUCAUAUUGUUAUUUACAAGUUGUUAAAUUAAUCAAUCAACUAAAAAGGGUACAAUAAAUUUGUUGUUCAGGACCAUGCUGAAUGUACAGCAUAACUGUGGUCUUGAUAACUCAACAAUGUACUUUGACUGACUUUUAUUUCUUUACUACCACAUUCCUUUUCAGUUUAUAAUUUUUAUAUCUUUUUUAAAUCAUUUUCAGAGCAUACUCAGUUGCUGCGAUGUUUUGGGAAGCAGUUAUUUUCUUUGCCUCCUUGUCAUUCCUUUUCUAUUUUCUCCUGAUGUACCGUUGGUCAAGGAGGAAAAACUUUCCCCCAGGGCCUCGCCAACUCCCUCUUCUUGGCAACUUUCUGGAUAUGGGCAAUUUUAAUCACGUUACCAUGAAGGAACUGGCCAAGAAGUACGGUGAUAUAUACAUGCUGAACAUCAUGGGCCACAAGGUUUUUGUCGUUACCAAUAUUGAUCUGGCAUGGGAGGCGCUGGUUCGCAAAGGAAAUAUUUUUGCUGGAAGAUCAGAUUCUUACGUUUCUCGUGAAUUGCACCAGGGAAAGAAAGCCAUCGUUUUUGGGGACUAUGGGGCUCGGUGGAAGUUGUUGCGCAAAGUUGCGCACUCAGCUCUGCGAAUGUUUGGAAACGGCAUUGAAAUCUUGGAGCAAAAAACUUAUCAUGAGGUUGAUGAAUUGUGUCAACAAUUCAGCAAAUCAAGUGGUGUUCCCUUCGAUCCAGCGGAAUCCAUCAAGUUGGCUGUAAUGAAUAUCAUCUGUACAUGUCUGUUUGAGACUCGCUUCCCCAAAGAAAGCUUGUACUUGGACGAAAUGUUUGAAAUGAUCGACGAGGCCGUCCACCUGGCCGGAAGUGCCGUCCUGCUCGAGAUAUUGCCCUUUAUGAAGUUUCUACCUCUAGGCAUUCAUAAACGAAUACAGCAUUCCGUUGACCUUAGAAAAAAACUGAUUGCAUCAAAAUUCCAAGAGAGAAAGCAAACGUACAAAGAAGGGACCAUACGGGACAUUUCGGAUGCCUUGAUAAAAGCACACAACGACGCUGAACUUGAGGACAGCAAAAACAAAGGAAUUUUGGAUGAGGAUUAUUUGAUAAACACUCUCAUAGAUCUUACGACUGCUGGCUCAGAUACUACUGCUACUUUUCUAACGUGGUCGUUUCUUUAUAUGGCAGCGUUCCCAGAAAUCCAAGCAAAGAUACAUCAGGAGAUUGAUAACGCCAUCGGCCGCGAGAGCAAGCCUCGCUUUGAAGAUAGGAGCAACUUACCUUAUUUGCAAGCGACCAUCUUUGAGAUCAUGCGUCACAGCUCGUUUGUGAAUGCAACCAUUCCUCAUCGAGUGCGGAGCGAUACCACUCUUGGAAAGUACGAGAUUCCUGAAAAUUCUGAAGUCAUUUUCGAUCUAAAAGCCAUUCAUCACGACCCGAACCAUUGGAGAGAUCCUGACUCAUUUGAUCCUAAGCGAUUUCUUGACGAGGAUGGAAGCUUUAUCUGCCGAGCGACCUUCAGCUUUCUCCCUUUUGGAGGUGGUCCACGAGGCUGUGUAGGCCAAAUGUUGGCUCAAAUCGAAAUCUUUCUGUUUCUUACUAGCGUUCUGCCGACGUUUACGUUUAAUCUCCCCCCAGGAGCUCCGCCUCCUAAUUUCGAACCACCAAUGGAAUCUGUUGCCCGUGGAAUCUUGGUCCCACGCCCCUACAAGUUGUGCAUCACGAAAAGGGAAUGA